UGAAAGAUGCCAUUAAAAAAUAGAGACAACAAUAGAUGAUUGUAGUUAUAAACUUUUAUAUACAUCCAUUAAUUCUUUAUCUGGGUUUUUCGAUCUUAUUAUCUUAGCUAGCUCUAGAUACGACGAAAUCUAGACUAGUAAAAAAUAACUUAUAUAUAAGUAAAGUAAUCUUGUAAGAUGGCUAACCCAGCGGCCGAGCCACAGUCAGUCGAGGAUGUGCAGGGAGAUGGACGAUGGAUGAGUUUGCACAAUUCUUUCCUCCAUGAUGCUAAAGAGAAAGAGCCAGAAGUGGUUCUCAUUGGAGAUUCCCUUAUAGCACAAAUGACCCAGUCAAGAUUGUGGGAGCAAAUGUUUGAACCUUUACAUUGUCUGAACUUUGGCAUUGGUGGGGAUAGAACACAGCACAUUCUAUGGAGAAUACACAACGGAGAACUAGACCAGAUAGAGCCUAAAGUCAUAGUCUUAUUAGCUGGAACCAACAAUUUUGAUGACAGUGCGGAACAAGUGACAGAAGGGAUUCUAGCCAUUGUGAAACUUAUCCGUGACAAACAGCCAUCUUCUCAUCUCAUAGUUGUGGGGUUACUGCCAAGAGGAGAAAAGCCUAACCACCUUAGAGAGAAACACUGUGAAAUCAACAAGCGACUAGCCGAGGAGCUGAAGGGCGCACCUAUGACAAGUUUUCUCAAGAUUGAUGAGAAGGAGUUCAUGUCUAGUGAGGGCGUCAUUAGGCGGAGUAUCAUGUAUGACUUUCUCCACCUCACCUCGGACAUCGGUUAUCAGAAACUGUGUGACCCCCUGUUGGAAGAAAUACAAAAUGUCUUAGGUAUAUUCAUGAAAGUAGAGAGCACGGCUCUGGAAACUGCAUCUUUAGCUGGGGAUCUAGACCACUCCCCUAGCAAUUAAUGAAUUUUGUUGUUGUUUUUUUCUUCUAUGUGAAAUUUUUUUUUUCUCUGUAAGGAACUUUUUGAGUUCAUUGCUUUCUGCUAUGUUGCUGCCUUCUCAUGUGUUAAGAUGGUAUGAAAAAGGCACAUAUUCUAUUUAUUGCAAAGACAAUUUUAUUUGUCAGAAAUAUGAGCAAAACCUAAGCGCACAUAAAUGAAAGUUAGACCUUUUCCUCAAAUACUGACCAAAUAAUAAAAAGACUUUUUGGUAAAUCAUAAAUCGUAACAUAAAUGUCUUAUUGUAGGCUUUAUAACUACAUUUGCUUGUACAGCUGGCUUCAUAUCUUAUUAUUAUCUAUAAUAUUUGAAAAGCUGUUUUUUUUUUGUUUUCUUUUUUUUUUUAAGGAACAAAUUGUCCCCAAGCCAAACAAGCUUAAUUUUGACAAUUUUUAAAACUUACUAUUGUGAUAUAUUAUUUAUAAACUUAGGAAGAUCAUAGAACCAUUGUGUUACAAAUCUUGUGCCAAUUAGUGCUAAGAUUGUCAUUGGUAUUUGUUUUACCUUUUUUCUCUAUUUUUUAGCUUGACAUAAAAGCUUGUGUUCUUAUGGUAACAAUGUGCCAAUGUUUGCAAAAAGUGUUGAAUCGAUAAAAAGCUUUCUGUGUUGUCCAUCUAUUGCCUUUCACUAUCUCACUUGAACAACACUAGGAUUAGAUGCAACAAGUUCUUUCUUAUUUCCUAAUAUUUCCAUCUAGCUCUAAACCAUGACCAUCUAGACAGAAUAGUCUAGUUUCAAUGUUUGCUUUUUCACUGAACAAACAUAGCACUGAAGCUGUUGACAGAUUCACAUCCCCUUGACCAUGGCUUUAGUCCAGUGCAGUGGUAGUUGUGUUCAUCACCAAUCUAUAAUAUUACAUUUUGUUUUGUUUAUUGGCACUUCUAUGUGUGCAAAUUUACAACUUUGUAUUUUAAGCUAAUUAAAAACUUUGCAGUUUCUGAUAGAAUUUCAUUUGCUAGCACAUCGUGUCUUUAAAAGCUACUCUGUUGUUUCUCCCUUGGGGGGGAACUAAAUAUGCCUUUUUUUUUUAUUUGGUUGUUGUAGAGACUUGCAAAAGAUUUACUGAUUCUAUAAAGUUGACUUCGUCAGUUUUCUUUAAGCUUGUGUUUUAUUUUUAUACCUUGGUACUAGAAAUGACAAUAAACAUUUAAUUCCUUUUUUGAGGUAAAAUGUCACUUUAACCUAAAGCUCGUUGUCUGCUGCUCUGUACUUGUCAUUCUGUCUCACUUCCAGGUGGACUUCAAAUAUAUGAUGACCUCACUCUGUGGGCUUGAAAAAUGAUUUUUUUUUUUUAAUUGAGCAUAAAAUCCAUUCCUUCUGCAUUGUUUAUACCAUCUGGCAAGUUGAAUGCUGUAGUUUCUAUUGAAAUGAUUGAGAAACUUGUUUCUUUUUUUUUUUUUUAUAUAUUUCAGGAUGGCAUGUUCAUUAAUCAGGUAGAGAAUAGACAUUGAAUUACAUACAUGUAGAGAUAUGCUUGAAUUAUUUUUUUAUUAUUUCAAUUGUAUUGUCAUUUUAAAAUAAGAAGCUUGGCCAUUUGCAUUUUUAACAAAUUUAAAUGUUCAAAUUAAAUAUAAUUAUUCAAAUAAUUUAAUAAUAAGUGUUUAUUAAGUAAAGUAUAUAUAUAUAUAUGAAUUAUUGGACACAGACUCUGAGAAAUCACUAUUUUCAUUUUAAUGAGGAUGAACCAAAAUAGAGUUCCACCUAAGACAUAAAGUUCCUGUAACUGUAAGACUAAGUAGUGCAGUAGUGGUUACUCUGAACCUUGAAAUGGUUUAGCUAGAGCUCUGGAGAGAAGUUUUAAGUUCUUAUUAGAAGUUUUCAGUUCUGAGGGUUGAUAGCUUACAUUACUAUUGGACUACAUAAAAUGAUAAAUUGAGCUCCAUCUUUGGUUGUUUGGUUGUGUGCUUUGCAUUUAAUGUUCUUUGUUUAGUGUAUGAUCAAAUAAGGUGGUUGUAAUGGUGGUUGUAUUGGCUGUUGGGUUAAAAACAAAAUUAUUUGUUUCGUAGUGGAUCAGGGUGUUUCUUGUUUUAAGUUAUCUGGAUUAAAGAAAAUGUUUUUCUGCCUAUUUAGUUUCUAGUCUUCUGUGGCCUGCAUUUUGAGUUGGGUUUUUUUCCAGUUCACAUUUUUAUCUUCUUAUAUUAACAAACUAACUGCAUACCUUUUAACUAACAUUCCUUAUUCAUUGAACUAUUUCAUGAGCUUUCUGGCAACCAAGGCUGUGUAUACACAGAAGCGAUUCUGUUUAUUUUAGAAUACAACAAAAAUAUGAAUGUUUUCAUUUCUUUUAAAGAACUAAUGAAGUGACAUAUUUAGUAUAAUGUUGAUUCUGAUUCCCCAGUUGUAUUGGAUUAGCAUUGUUAACUUUUGGUAACAUACAGAUUCUAACUAUUAGUUUUGAUUAGCAGUAUUUAUUAUGUGUUCAUUAAGCCAGUAUAUACAACAGCAGUUGCUAAAGCUACAGUAUACAAUUUAGAAUGCAUUGGAGAUGAGCAAGUCUGUAUAACUUGGGAUUUUUUGUGACUUUAUGACAAAUACUUCUAGGAGAGGAGUCAGUGAAUAGAACCUCUACCCAAGUAUUAUUAGGCCAUAGAAACCUUUCAGUUUUAAAGUCAUAACACAACAUGGAGUCAGGGUAGGAUAACUAGCUGUGUACUAGUCUAACAAAAGUAUUGGGGUUAAAAUUUGGGGGGGGGGGGGGCAGGGGAUUGAGGAUUCAUGGCAUUAUAUGUUUGUAACUGGGAAAUCUUUAAGCUUGCAAAUCCUAUUGUAACACAUAUACUGGAACUGUUGGCUAAUGGUCAGUGUUUCUUGACCUAACCAUAGCCUGCUGCAAGAUUUCCAGGAAAGAAAAUGAUUUGGGAACUGUUGGUAUCAAUUUGAGUUUAAGCCAUCAAAGUGCUUCUAAAGAAAAGAGAUAUUUUGUAUUAUGUGGAAAUCAAUUUUAGAAAGUUAUGGAGUAUUCAUGAAUAUUUAGGGUUAACCCUUAAAACAAGAGAAAGAUGACUAAGCAUGAAAGUGUUUGAGGCAGGUUAUUUAUAAUUCUACAGUUUGUCUAGUUGUAUGUGCACUUGUUUUUUAAUUUGUGCUAUUCAUGAAGAUCAUUUGAACACAAAUUUGUAUACAGAUUGUUGUUUUUAUAAAAUUCUUGUAGCUUUUAAUUGUGAAGUUUUUUCACAGCAAUAGUUGCAGGAUGUUAAAAUCUCUAUUAAUAAAUGUAUUAGUUCAAACAAUCUCCAUGGUUACGUAAUUAUUUGUAUUGAAAUUUUUUUUUUCUUUACAACUUAUUAAUCAGAUCAAGAAAUCAUAGAUUUCUUCUUCCUCUUCUUUUUUCCUAUUGUCUUAAGAGUUGAUACUAAGACUCUUGCAACUCUAGGCCUAUGGAAGCUUGGCCUCCAUUUGACUGUCUGAACAAACUUCUGACUGGGAAAGAUCCAAGAUGUAAAUUAUUACAUCCCUAUUACCAAAGGCUCAUAUCCCAAGGCACUUAGAUUAGAAUGGAGGCCAGUGGCUGAAAACAUCAAGGGAAUCUCCCCCCUAUUCCUUCUGUGUACCACAUCUGUCUAAAUGAACUUGUUCUCUUCAAACUUCAUCUCUCCAUUGUUCACUUGUUUCCAUGAAGUCAUUUGAAGCUAUUCCCAUUUCUACACAUCUAUUUCCAUGGCAACGUAAGAGAAGGAAUGAAUUUGUUUUCUCUCCUCUUUUGGUUUACUUUGGGUCUAGAUGGAAUACAAAAUGUUAUUAUCAACAUGUAUACUCUCAUACAUUUUUUUUACUGCAUUGUAUCUUUAGUUUUCUUUUAUUGUCAUUUGAAUUUUAUUGACAUUUUUGUUUUGGUUUAUAUUUGAUAGAUUCUUCUGUCACUUAGAACUACUAUGUUGGUGAAGCUUAACUUUUGUUUUUUAUUUUUUAAUGCACAACUUUCUGCAAUAAGCAUGCUCAGUGCCGUCUGGUCCAAUCGCUUUUUCUGGGCUUGUGGGGUUACAGGGAGGUUUUCAUGCUGCCUUUAGGCACUCAGCAAACAUACCUUUGAUCUAGUCUGAAUUUGAACUUGAACUCCAGCCCCCCCCCCCCACCCGAUAGGUAGCCAAGUGGUGUAGGCCACUAAAUGAAUACCAUCUCACCACUUCACUGGGUCUCACUAUUUUGUGAAUUAUUUCACAACUUUUCCUUGAGUGUAAAUAUAAGACUGCCAUCAGAAGACUUAAAUUGAGGAAGUUCCUAAAUGAUAAAAAAAAAAGGUAUGGGAAUGAUUGGUUUCAUUAAUUCAGACAUAAAUCUUCUUCCUUUAUUCAUAGUUUCCCUUUCAGACCUUGUGAAAGUUGUGGUCUAUAGGGCAGAUGAUGUAAAGGUCAUCUGUUUCUGUGGCCUGCCGUUAACGAGGGUGUCAUGUGGCCAGCACAACGACCCUUUACUUUUCCCCAACUAAUGUCAGGUACCCAUUAGAGCUGGGUGGAGUCUAGACGCCUUCAUUCAUGGCUCAACUUAUUUUGUAGCUUGAACGUUUUGGUUUCUUCAUUGUCAACAUUUUGUUUUCUUGAACCUUUGAUCCAUGAGGUACUGAUUGAUUAUUGAUCCAUGAGGAACUGAUUGAUUAUUGAUCCAUGAGGAACUGAUUGAUUAUUGAUCCAUGAGGUACUGAUUGAUUAUUGCUAGAAGGCUAUUUUGAAACCAGGUCUGACUGUAAAGAUGGGUUGACGCUGGUCAACACUCUCCACGGUCUUAAACAACAUAAAUGAUUAAAUGACACUAUAGACAAUAAACACAUUUUAAUUCAUCCACAGUAUUUGCCUAAUUGAAGAAGAAUCUAUUCAUUCAUAGAAUUAUCUAGAGCUCCCAUCAUUUUUUUAAAUCUGCACUUAAUAUAGAUAAAACAUUGCUAAUUGCUAAUCUGUCAUUAAGUGUGCCUUGGUUGGUUGUCUUUUAGCAAGUUGUUGAAACAAUUUUGUGUGAGUCUUUUGUUGCAGAAACCUUUUUUUUUUUUUUCAAAUCAGUAGACUGUACUUGUGCACCAGGAAUUGUUUUCUCUUUAAAAAAAAAAACAACAAUUUUCAGAAUUUUUUUUUUUUAAUUUCUUUUUGAAGUAAUAUUUCACUAACAUGUUGUGUUAAAAUUAUGUCAGAAUUUCAAUCUAAUUUUAGAUUGAAAGAUUUUGUUUUAACUAUUUGAUGAAAAAUAUUUUAUCCUAUGUUCAAUAAAAUUAACAACAUGAAAGAUAUUAGAAAAAAAAAGCAAAGUAGAGCCUAUUUAUUGAUAACUAAUAGUAGAAUGUCAGAGAUUUCAUACUUUGAAAGGAUUGUUCUUUUUAAUUUAAAUCCCAUAUACCAGUUAUAAAACAUUCAUGUAUAUGUUCACAUUCAUAUAUAUAUAUAUAUAUAUAUAUAUAUAUAUAUAUAAAACAGAUAACCUCUAACUACAUAACAAUUCAUGUAAAACAAACAUUUUGAACUUAACUCUUUCUCUCCUAACCGACGAUACCAACGUUGAUUCCACCAGAAUGUGGUAAAUAAUUACGGAGAGAAAGAGUUAACAAAGACUUACUUUAUAGUUCAGUUGUUAUUAUAAUUAUUACUUAAUUUUAUUAUUAUUUUAAAGAAAAAGUACCCAUUGUUUAACAUUGUGAAGUAUAGGGCUGAUAAUGUAAAGGUCAUCUGUUUCUGUACCUGAUGGUUAAAGAGGAUGUCAUUUGGCCACACCACGACCCACUUUCCCCAACUAAUGUGAGGUAACCCAUUAGAGCUGCAUGGAUUCAUGGAUUCAGGGGCAUCUUAAAAAUCUCAAAGUUGGAAAAAAAACUCCCAGUCUUCACAGAGAUUUGAACCCAAGCCUCCUCAGUGUGGAAGCCACAUGGUUUACUUGGUACCGGUAUUGUAAUUGUGGGUCUCAUUAAAUUGUGUGCAGGAUAAAAAAAUUGUUUUUCAACUUUUGUGUGUCAUUAACACUCGCAGUAUUUCUGUUGAACUCUAUGUCUUUGUCCAGCAGCAUGCAUUAUUAGACAAGUCAAUCCUGUUUGAAAUGUUGGGUUGAUAGACUUGUCAAGAUAUUGUCACUCUGUGGGACAGCCGAGGAUAUUAAUAUUAUGACCUGUAUAUUUUUGUUGUUUGGCCAUUCAAUGUGAGCUUACAUUGUGUUAGUGUACUCACCACUGGGUUAUGCCAAUGUAGCCUAUUCUAAUUAUGAUGUAACCCAUUCUUGACUUUGUUAGUUUUACGUAAAGAAAAUAUUUUGUGUCUGUGUCAAGGUGCAAUAAACACUUGUAGAUGUUUUCAA